AUGGAGGCCGCAGAUGGGGUUGAGGAUGAGGAUGAGAAUGACGCUUGGAAUAGCCAGGACGGCGACGGUGAUGCUUCGAGCUCAACGGAUGCACAAGGCGGACAUCGAAAUAGUGCGACGAUUGCGCAUGAUUUCGAUAUGGACGAUGACGAAAAGUCACUUUGGAACGAAGACAAGAACUUCUCACAUGCUAACGAUGCCAUCGUCGCACCUACCUACACCAAUGUCAAGGUAACUCGGUCUAUGUGUAUGCAAAACGAUGAAGAACUACGUUCGGAUCUCGAGGUCGCACAUGAAGCCAUGCAGCUGUUCCUCAACUCACAAAUGUUGGAGGCGGAAGAGCUGUGCGUUGAGGGAGCAGAGUCCCGCUUGUAUCGGUCUGCGUGCAUGUCGAUGAUCAAUGUAAUCAAAAGCCUCAUGACGUUUGAGCCCGAUGACUUGCGCAUUGCCAUCAAAUGCUGCAAACAUACUAAGAGUGUUGCAGGCGUUCUUCGCAAGGGGCACGGGAAGCUAUCGUCCCUGCUACCUGGCAAGAGCACACUGAAUGACAUGUCAAGGCUUCAGCAACAUGCUGAACUUGUGUAUGCGGAAUCCCUGCUGCACAAGUCCAUUCUGAGCAUCUUGUACACAGGCGACACUGUGGGCCUUAUCCGCGAGGCAAUGAGUCUCCGCACGGCCUACUUGUGUCUUCGCAACCUGCUAAAGAUGGUCGAAGCAGGCGACGAAGUUGUGGAUGAGGCAAACCGCACAGGUCAAUCACCGACAAAGUCGAUCGACGAGGAUCUUCGCUCAGGCGUGUUCUUCAACAUGGGCUGCUGUAUGCUGGUCCUUUCGGUCCUCGAGCCGCGCUUGCUCAAGUUCAUGGAAGGCGUCGACUUUGAGAACAGCCGACCAAAGGCGUUGGCGUUUUUCGAGCGCGCAGGAGGCUGGACGCGUGUGCAGAGCGAGCCGCGCAUCCCAGUGACGCAAGAAGGUUUCCGCCGACCAUUGUGUGACCUAGCGAUUCUCGUCUACCAUUUGGUCAUUCCGUCGAGCGUGCCACUGCCGGACGUGGACUUGGUGAUGGCAGAUCAUGUCCUGACUUGGAACCAGCGCCGCUUUCCGCAAGGUGUAUUUUACCUAUUCUUUUCGUCGCUGAUGUAUGUAUCACAGGCUUUGCCUGACAAGGCGAUUGACUGCUUCCGCCUUGCGAUCGAUUCUCAGAAGGCGUAUAAGCAAUUGCAUCAUCUCUGUUACUGGCGCCUCGCGCUUGCAUAUCUAUCUCUUUGCGAGUACAAGAAAGCCUCAGAAUGCUUCGACCUUCUAGUGCGAGAAUCCAAUUGGUCCAAGGCCAUCUGCCAGUACGGCAAGGCAGCUGUCUUGUUUGAAGAGUCGUCCGACAACCACAUGCAGGCUGAGUCUAUGAUGCGGACAGUACCGAGCUUUGCCCGAAAGAUGGCUGGCCGUCACUUGCCAUUUGAGCGUUUUGUUACUCUUCGAGCCGAAAGAUUCUCGCAGCAGACGCCGCUAGGCCUGCCAGCGAUGGAAUUCGCAUACUUGUGGCAUUGUCUGGCUCAGACGCCCGUCUUCAUCCUGCUCGAUGAGCAGUUGAAGCGCAUUGAUCACGUGCUACGUGCGCUUCAGCGGUUCGAGUCGCCGGACUCGUUCCCUGGCGGAGCUACCGCGUUCUACUCCCAGUUCUGCUUGGCUCACUUCCUACGUGGUGUGGCAUUCCGAUACGUCGCAUUCCCCAAGAAGCACACGGUCCUGCAGUAUCCGCUGAACGACAGGCCUGAUGUCGCAAAGGCUGCAGUCGAGGCCGUGACAUCCCUAUCCAAGGUGUGUGAGAAUGGCAUGCGUCUCGAUGCUGUGGACCGCUAUCUAGUGUACUUCGCCCACUACGAGCUCGGUAAUCUAUACUGUGCGAAAGGCGAUUUUGCCCAGGCCCGCUUCGAAUUUGAGCUAAUUUUGUCGCACAAGGCCCUUGUGCCUCAGACGCGUCCUCUUAAGAGUGACAAGGCCUCAUACCUUUUGAGCCACGCAUGUCAAAUGCGCGCGAAUAUUGCGAUGGAGUCGAUGCAGCACAUGCUGAGCCAAUUUGGACCGCCGCGAUCUUCUGGCCUUAGGUCCAGCGCGCCGUCUGGUGCUGCCCCGCCCAUAACAACGACAACCAUGCCCACAGCCGGUGCUGCCACAGCGGAGAAUAUCGCAAUGCAGAUGCCGUUCGCUCAGUCGACAACCCAAAGACAGUUCACGCCCACUACUCACUACAAUGACAUCCCGGAACACUUUACUCGAUCAAGCAGUCGCAGCCGGGACAUUAGUCGCCGUGCACGCCAAAGCCGCUUUUUGUCUUAG